UUCUAUCUUCCCAACCCCCCCUUUGGUUUCUCUCAAUUUCUCGGCUCUCGCCGUACAUAGAUAUUUCGGCUUCGGUAUUCGAGGCUUUUGAUUCCGAUCUCGUGACCAACCCUAGCUACGGCUCUCGAUUCCUGCUUCGAUCUUCAGAUAAUCUGAAAUUAAAUGUCUACCGGGAGACGAGCAGAUUUGUUUGACGCCGACAAGGCCAGUGGAUCUGAUCCCUCCGACCGACCUGCGAUUGCUGAGGAUUUUGAUGAUUCGUCGUCUGUGGAUGGCGUCUCUUUGAACGGCGUUGAAUCCGGUUCGAGUGCUAGGCUUCCGGGAGAAAGUGGUGGAUCGAGGAGGGAGACUCUGCUCACGCAGCGGUUGACGGAUAUACUCGUAGAUCAGGGCGAUGGGGAUCUUUUGCUUCAGCGGAGCAACCAGGAUGAUCAUCUGAUGCAGUGGUUUCAGGCUCUUAAUAUGCAGAUUAUGGGGGCAUGUCGCGCUGACGAGAGGCUUAAACCCUUGUUGAAGAUGAACGUCUCCGGUGGCGUCGCCGAGGAUCCCCUGCUAACCCAAUUAAGUCAGCAUUUCGAGCCAGCAGAGGUUGGGAUGCUUGCCAGAUGCUUCUGUGUACCUCUUGUUUCGAUCCGAGUUGGAACAAUUCACAAGGAAGGGUCACGUUUGUGUCCUACCGCCAAUAGGGGAAGCUUGAGUCUUAUACUGCUGCCAAGUUCUGAUCUUCGUCUCUCAUUCAUUGGAGAUGAUGGCAAUGUAGAAAGGAUGUUUACCCUAACCAAAAAAUCUCAUUGUGCUGCUGUUGUGAUCAAUGAAAUCCCAGAAGACAGUUCUGGUCGUUCCUUCCUUAUAAGAGCUCCAGAUGGGAGAACCUUUUACUUCUGGUGCUCAGAGAAAUCUAAACUGUUAGGAAUUGAAUUAAUUGGAAAGUUGAAGGAUUUGCUCAAGACGAAACCAUCAGUAGCAGACUUGAGUGGGAUUAGCAAAUCAAGGCUCGAUUGUUUUGCUACUCAGCUUCGUGCUUUUCUUGUGGGAUCAUCAGUGGGCAGUAUUAAUGAAAGUGUGGCUUGUACCUCAACGCUGACUGCUAAUUCCGUGGUUCACAAUGCUUCUUUGUCCGCAUCGAAAUAUGCCAGAUCUCGACACAGUGGCAGUCAAGCAGUGAAGGGAAAUGCACUUUACCUUGGCAGUCUUAGUCCAAAAUCAAGUUCAUUCAAAGAGGGUACCCCUAGAAACUUGUCUUCUUUCAGGAUUGCGAGGGAAAAGUUAAAACGUCGCUGUGAUAACCAACAGAUUGCACUUGAUGACUUGUCAAAUGAUUCGUUGAAUACCUCUGAUACAACUUCGAGUCAUAUUGAUCAUGAUAAACUUCCAGAAGUUAACAAAACAUUUCCUCCUUUAAGUUUUCUUGGAUCAUUAGGAAAUCUUACUGUCCCAUCAAACCUUGGUCAGCAAGGAGAAGUCCCCCCUUUGGCUUCGCCACUUUUUGCCCCGCACUAUUGCUGGUGUCCCCCUGGGGUUUCAACUCGCCCAUCCCCAGCGGCACCUUCGAAAUUUCCUGGCUCAUCCAUUGAAUCACAUCCUUCUCCCGUGGAUGCCUCCUUGUUCCCUAACGCCAUCCCAGGUAGCCUAUUGGCACCAACACCGCCACUUAAUCUAAGCUCGCCUAUGCAGUUCCCCCAAUUCCUACCUGAUCCGUUGAUUAGAAUGCCCCUUCCAGCUUCCCAGCAGAUUCCCACCUUCACACCUCUAAUAUGUGAUCCAAUCGUUCACGUCCCAGUAAUUGAUGUGUGCUCUUCAGGAGGUCAGGGCUAUCUUGUAAGCGCUGGCCCUGCCAUAUCAACUGCCAUUCCUCCGUUGCACCCAAAUCUUGUGAAGCCGCUGAUUUCUGAAUCUGAUUCUGUGGUAAAGGGUGCGAGAGAGACGCUACGUCUGCUGAUGGGCGGUUCAAGUCAGCCUAACAAACCGGUUAUGGAUACUUUGCCUGCAGUUUUGACAAAUGCGGAUGAAAAACCAAGCAUAAUUGUGACCGGCAGCCGCGGUCUCUAUGCCGGAUCCCGAGACGUUGAUGUUAUUGCCAACAGCAUUGCAGCCAUGGGUUUAGCUUCACUCUCUGGGGCAUCCAGGUCAGACAGCGAUUCCGAUGAUUGUGGCCCCUGUGGAAUUUCAGAAGAACAAAUGGGAGAUCACAGUGAUGCGACUGGUAGCUAGCGCCUUCUCCGAUGUAGUAACGCAUUCUCUUUCUUGUAGUGUUGUAGGUUUUCUUCUGUUCCGGUGACAUGUAGAUAUGUUUCUACUCCUUCCCUUUUGAAAUGUAACCAACUAGUGCAAGUAUUAGUACUCUUGCCUUUUUAUAUCCCUUGGAGAAAUAUUUCAUUACUUUGGUCUAUAUGUAGUUCAGAGCUAAUAUUCGAAUGUUGAUUUGUGAAACAACACUUUGUCCCUCAACUAUUAUUCAUU